AUGAACGGCCAUCUUUCCGCCAUUGGCGAAGGGCCAAGCGCCGAAAAGUACGAGCAUGGAAUCCAAGUCAUAGACGAAGACAAGACCUUCAACUCCAACUUGAUAUCCUACCUCCGCCAGACCAAUGUUGCCGAUGCUGGAUUCAACUACCACCUCAUUUCCGUCUUCGGAUCGCAAUCGACCGGCAAGUCGACCCUUCUCAACAACCUCUUCGGCACCCAGUUCUCCGUAAUGUCCGAGUCCGAGAGGCGGCAGACCACCAAGGGCAUAUGGCUUGCGAAGAACAAGAGGGAGACUGGCGGGACCGGCGACGCCAAAGUCAAGAUGGCCGAUAACAUUCUGGUUAUGGACGUCGAGGGUACCGACGGUCGCGAGCGUGGCGAGGACCAGGAUUUUGAGCGGAAGAGUGCCUUGUUUGCUCUUGCGACGAGCGAGGUCCUCAUUGUGAAUAUCUGGGAACACCAGGUCGGCUUGUACCAGGGCGCAAAUAUGGGGUUGCUCAAGACUGUGUUUGAGGUGAAUCUCCAGCUCUUCCUCAAGGACAACAAGCAAUCUAAUCCCCGAUCACUACUCUUCUUCGUCAUUCGCGACCAUAUCGGCACUACCCCCCUCGCCAAUCUUCGCAACACCUUGAUUCAGGAUUUGACCAAGAUCUGGUCCUCCAUCUCCAAGCCUCAAGGUCUCGAGACCUCGCGCAUCGAGGAUUACUUCGAUUUCGCCUUCGCCGCUCUCCCCCACAAGGUCCUCCAGGCCGAGAAAUUCGACUCCGAGGUCAACAACCUCGGUGCGCGCUUCACCGCCGGCACCCGGUCCGCAAAGCAAGGGUCGCAUGGGGACCACGAGCUCGAGGGCGGUGUUUUCCUCCCCGAGUACCACAGGCGCAUCCCCGCCGAUGGUUUUUCCAAGUACGCCGAGGGUGUCUGGGACCUGAUCGUGGACAACAAGGAUCUCGACUUGCCAACCCAGCAAGAGCUUCUUGCCCAGUUCCGAUGCGACGAGAUUUCCCGGGAAGUGCUCGUCGCUUUUGAUGAUACCAUUACCCCGUUGGAGGAGCAACAGGCCGACGGCGUCAGGGCUGGAAAGCCAGUGGUGCUGGAUGACCUUGGCGAGACGGGCAGGUCGGCUCGCCGACGAUGCGUUGAGAAUUUCGAGGUGCAAGCUGGUCGGUAUCACAAGGGAGUCUACACGCGGAAACGAGCAGAACUCGAGGCCAAGAUUGACACGAGGCUCAAGGCGCUUUACCUCGGCCAGCUGACGAGCUGCCACAAGUCCGGCGUUGCCUCGUUCACCGAGUCCGUGUCUAACAAGGUGAAAGCCGGUCAGAAGGCAGGCGGAAGCUACGAUUUCGCCGACAUCGUCUCCCAGGAGAAGGAGAGGGUUCUCGAGAUCUUCAGGGACGAGGCGAAGGGUUUGGCGAUCGAGGGCCUGUCCUGGACAAACUUCAAGCCGCAAUACCUCAUCUUCGAGAGGGAGCUCGACGAAGUAAGCAGCAAGCUUCGAAAGGAAGAACUCCGCCGCCUCGCCACGCGCGUCGAGCGCUGGGUCAAGUCCCGCCUCGGCGACUCGAUCGGGCUCGAAUUCAGCAAGCUCGGCUCCGGUAGGUCCGGGUCCAGCGUCAUCCCCGAGGAGGCCUCCACCCCCAUCGAGAAGCCGACGGCCGAGAAGGAUCUCUGGGACAGGAUAUGGAGCGUGUUCACCGACAUCGUCAGCGAGGCCGAGACGCGCUUCACCGACCGCGCGCGCAGCUUCGAGGCCAGCGUCGACGAGGUCGAGGUGGGGCUCUGGCGCCUGCGUCGCAAGAGCUGGGUCGCGCUGCGGGAGAAGAUCGACGACGAGGUCAUGGAGGGGAACAUCCUCCUCAAGCUGCGCGAGAACUUCGAGGACAAGUUCCGCUACGACGACGCGGGCGUCCCGCGGAUCUGGCGCCCCACCGACGACAUCGAGGGCGUGUACACCAAGGCGAGGGAGUCGACCCUCGCGCUCGUACCGCUGCUCGCGAGGUUCCGUCUCGCUGAGACAUAUGCGCCGCCGGAUCUGCCGCGCUGGAUAGGGCCCCAGCCGCGCGGUGUCGAGGCUGGUGAUGAGGAGGACCUCGCUCCUAUUGGUGGCGUUGAUGAGGAUGAGGGCAAGAGCCUUGAGGAGGAGAUGACGAUCCUGAGCGAGAGUAAACGUCAGGAUCUUGUUAUAAGGUUCAAGAAGACGGCGGACGGGGUUUAUGUUGAGGCGAAGAGGGGAGCUAUUGGUGGUGUGGCGCAGGUGCCUUGGUACUUCUAUGUGUUGCUGCUUGCGCUUGGGUGGAAUGAAAUAUUCAUGGUCCUCCGCAACCCCUUCCUAUUCCUCCUCAUCAUCAUCAUCGCCGGCGGAACCUACAUCGCCUACACCCUCAACCUUCUCGGCCCCAUGCUGCAAAUGGCCAACGCCGCCGCCAACCAGGGCGUCGAGCUCGGCAAGCAGCGACUGAGGGAAUUCCUCGUCAACUCGGACACGGCGAGGCAGGCGCUCGCGAUGCCGGCGCGGGAGGACAGCGCGGAUGGGAUUAGCCUGGAUACGCUGGAUAGUCGGGGGAAGAGGCGGACGAGGACGGACGAUGAUGAUAUUUAA